AUGGAUAAGAAAUACUUUCAUAUUGUUAUUUAAUUACAUAUUUCAUUUACUACUGAUGAUAUAAACUAUACACAUUCAUAUAAUUAUUUAAAAAGUUCUAUUUUUUUCUUUUUAUGACAGUUGUUGUAGUUUAACUUAAUGAAAAGUUCAUGAAACCUAAGAAAAAUCAACACUUUGCAGCGUAUUUUUUGUAAAUUGAUGUGCUUAUGUGUUAACGUGGUAUUUUUAUUGUUAAACAAUGGGCAAUCAACUCGUGGGCGUUGCUCCAUCACAAAUAUACCCGGUGGAACAUUAUUUAAGUGACCACGUAGAUUUAAAAUUUGAUACAAGCUUGGGAUCUACAAGGUUUCUGAAAGUGGCACGAGCUCGGUCACAAGAGGGUCUUGUUGUGGUCAAAGUAUUUGCAGUUCAUGACCCAUCAUUGCCUCUUGCUGAACAUAAGGAGAGAAUACUAAAAAUAAAGGAGCAACUUGCAUCUGCAUUCAAUUGUCUGCCAUUUCAAAGGGUUAUUCUCACUGACAAAGCAGGUUUAUUAAUGCGAGAGUACUGCAAAUGCAGUGUUUAUGAUCGUAUGUCCACCAGGCCGUUCCUAACAGUACUCGAGAAGAAGUGGAUUACUUUCCAAGUGUUGUAUGCUUUACAUCGUAUGCACAAGCUGGGAAUAUGCCAUGGGGAUAUAAAGCUUGAAAAUAUAAUGGUAACAUCCUGGUUAUGGGUGCUAUUAACUGAUAUCGCAUCCUUCAAGCCCACGUUCUUGCCAGAUGAUAACCCGGCGGAUUUCAGCUAUUUCUUUGAUACGUCACGAAGGAGACUGUGUUAUGUUGCACCGGAAAGAUUCGUUCGUGCUCCAGAUCCCAAUAACAGACCUGCGGGAGAUGAUAGAACUGGUGGUUUGUUGUUGAGCGAAUCACCAUGCAAAGUUGGUGAACUGGUGCCCAGUAUGGAUAUAUUUUCAGCUGGAUGUGCACUUUUAGAGCUCUGGAACGACGGUACACCUGCGUUAGACUUGCCAGGUCUACUAGCAUACCGCAGCGGCGAAGACAGACCCUCUACCAUGACGUUACCUGAAGGAUCAGAUCCACGCUUGCGUGAUUUACUGCAUUCUAUGACAGAACGGAAUCCUAAAGAUCGGAGAACAGCUGAGUUGUACUUAGAUGAAGCUCGUGGCAGUCUCUUUCCAGAAUACUUCUACUCAUUCCUCCAGUCGUACAUGCUGAUUUUCUCGGCCCAACCCAUUCUGCCACCAGAUGAAAAAAUACUCCGCAUCCACCAGGAUAUCAGGAAUAUCAUCAAGAUAUUCACUCAGCCGUCGGACACCAAAAACUAUCAAGAUUUAGUGGACGAGACCACAGACAACCAUACCACAGAUACUAUAGAGACAUUAAGGAAAGAUGGAUUUAAAGUAAUGACUCUAAAUAUGAGAGAAUCUGAAGAUGAAGACGAGAAAAACCCCGAAGGAAAUACGGCUCAAGAUAGUGAAGGUUUGAUAUUGAUAACUUCAUUGGUGACUUCUUGUAUAAGAGGGCUGCAUCAUUGCACGUCCAAACUAUACGCAUUGGAGAUUCUGCAGUUGCUGUGCGAGAAUUCCACAUCAGAGACGAUACUGGAUAGAAUACUGCCCUAUAUCAUCCACUUGUCGCACGACAAGGCGGCGCGCGUGCGUGCGGGCGGCGUGUGCGGCGCGGCGCGGGCGUGCCUGGCGGCGGCGGGGGCGGCGGGGGCGGCGGGCGCGGGGGGCGCGGGCGGCGGCCGGCCCCCGCCGCUGGCCUGCAACGUGUUCCCCGAGUACGUGCUGCCCGAGCUCGCGCCGCGGGCCGUCGACCCCGCGGUGCCCGUGCGGAUCGCCUACGCAGACAACAUAGCAAAACUGGCAGAAACGGCGGUCAGAUUCCUUGAUCAGACACAAAACACGGUAGACAAGGAAGCAGCCAACAUCAACUACGAAACUGAACUCUCCGCUUUACAUGAUAUGGUCCGCGGUACUGUAUCCUCUUUACUCACUGAUUCACAAGCGGUCGUGAAACGAGCUCUCGUCGAUAACGGAAUAACUAAACUGUGCAUAUUCUUUGGGAAACAAAAAGCCAACGACCUGAUACUGUCACACAUGGUCACCUUCCUGAAUGAUAAAGAAGAAGUGGCGCUACGAGGGUGUUUCUUCGAGCGAGUGGUGGGAGUUGCAGCUUACGUGGGCCAGCACGCGGCCCCUAUACUCGUACCCUUACUGCAACAGGGUCUAACGGAUCAGUCGGAGUGGAUCAUAGCGAAAGCGUUGCGGGCUACGAGCAGUCUGGCGGAAUUAGGUCUGCUACCCAAACAGGCUCUAUGUGAUUUGGUGGCAGAAAGCGCGGUCUACCUUGCACAUCCCAAUUUAUGGAUACGACACGAAGUUUGCGGGCUGGUGUCGUGCGUGGCGAGCUUGUUGAACCCCAUCGAUGUGAACUGCAAGAUACUGCCGCUGGUGUGGCCACACCUCAAGCACAAACUCAUACAAGUGGAGAGAGCUGAACUGGUGCUGGAGAGUCUCGCGGAGCCUAUACCACGGAAGGUUCUGGAUGCAGUGCUAAGACACGGCGACGUGGACCGACUGGUGCAUACACUACGAGACAGACGGAAUACCAGGCUCAAGGUCAAACAGGGUACAAUGCCGCAGUAUUCAGAAAUGGGACAGCAAUUGAGGAAUCUGUUCAGGCGCCUCGCUUCAGAUGGUAUGACGGAACAUGUCGAAAACCAACUAUUGGCAAUGAGUGCCCAUCUGAUCAAGAUCCAGGGCUCCUCUACUCAGCACAUAACUGAGGCACCCGGUAGAUUGGUACUCAAAAACAGGAGUAUAUCCCGCGCCGUGCCACUGGAUACCGGCAUUGCAGAGGCUGCAUUCACAAGUGAUAAAUUAUAUGCCUCUCAUACCAACAGACGGAUGCUGAAGUCAUCAGGACCUCUUGAAACACACAUGAACACGGAGUGGCAGCAUAUGUUUGGACAGUCGCAAGAUCAGCACAGUAUGAGGGCGUCGUCGGAAGCGAUGGGCCAGUCGCAGAUGGGGGUCUCGGGAAGCGUGGGGAUCACGGGGGUUACAGUGGGGAGUCUCUCGGGGCAGCCCGCACCCCCCUCUCACUCGCAGCUCGUACAGAGUGCCACCUACGUGCAAUACAGCAUGGCCCCAUGCCGUAUGGAGCUGAGGAAUCUAACAGCAAGAAUGCAACAGAAGUACCAGAAGUCAUUAAGAAGUCAUAAAGACCCGUCAGACAGUAGUGAAGAUGUCGUGCCGCCCGCGUCGUGGAGGCCUGGGAACCAACUACUGGCUUACUUACAUGAACACAAGGCGAGAGUGAACCAGUUAGUGACACUGCCGGCGCACAGGAACCUGUUCGGUUCGUGCUCCGAUGACGGUUCUGUGCGAUUAUGGGAUGCAGCACGAUUGCAGGGACAUGCGUACAUCAACAAAUCUAAGUCGAUGUAUAACCGCGCGGCUGGUCCUGUAGUAGCUCUAGCGGCCUGCGAGGGAGGACAUUCUCUGGUCGCCGCUACACAAGAAGGAUCUAUCUUCGUACUCAGACAAGAGAGCGGUUCGUCUCGCAUGACGCUGUCUCAGUGCCGGCAGCUGGAGAGCGGCGCUGAGGGAGGAUGCGUGGCGGUGGCGUGCGCGGGGGGCGUGCACUCCGGCGUCAUAUCGUACGCUACGCUACUCGCCACCGUCGUCGGAUGGGACUUACGAGCGCCAGGUAACGCGUGGAAGCUGCAAGGUGAUCUUAAGCAGGGUGUGUACACGUGCCUAUACGCAAAUAGUUCCGGAUAUCUGGCGGUCGGCACCUCCAACGGCGCCAUAUCAGUUUGGGACCUCAGGUUUCAACUGCCCAUCACCUCUGUCAAACAUCCAAAUUCGGAGCGCGUGCGGCGCAUGGUGGGGUGCGGGCGCGGAUCGUCGCGCGUGUGGGCGGCCGGAGCGCGCGACGCCGCCGCCUGGUGCCUCGAGUCCACGCAGCGCACGCACGCGCUGUGGGCCUCCACAGACUCGCCGCAGCCGCUGCACUACUCGCAGCCCGCGUCUCACUACACGAGUGCAGCGUACUACGGCUCUCGCGAUGGGAGCCGGUUCCUCAUCACGGGCGGGUCCGACCAGCGCAUCCGACACUGGGACCUGGAGCAUCCGGAGGAUUCCUACAUUCUGGUGUACGCGCCCGCCGAUCAUCUAAAACACACGCCCAACGGGAUCAAGUACAGGAGUCGUAUUAUAGAUGGCACAACUGUUAUACAAGAGUACUGCAAGACGAGCCCCAACUCACCGCCGUCCUUAAUCGAAGACAACGUGUACCGGAGUGUAGAGUCACGAUCGUUCUACCACACUGCGCCCAUAACCGACGUCACCAUGGUGGAAGGUGGGAAGCAUUAUCUAGUCAGCUCAUCUGCGGAUGGGAUCAUUAAUGUUUGGAAAUGAAUUUGUUAAUGUAUGAAGUUUCU